AUGGUGACAACAAUUGUAAUGAUGAUGAUGUCAACUGCAAUGGUGACAAUAGAGAUAUCAAUAGCGGUGGUGGUGGAGGUGACAUUGGUGGCGAUGGCAGUCAAUGAUAACGAUGUUGGUGGUGGUGGUGGUGGCGAUGCUAGUGGUGGUGAUAAAGGUGGUAUUAGUGGUGGUGGUAGUUGUAGCAAUCUCGGUGGUUUUGGUGGGGGUGACAAAGGUGGUAUUGUUGAUAGUGGUGGUGGUAGUGACAAUGACAAUGGUGAUGACAGUGACAUUGAUGGUGGUGGUAGCAAUGUCUACGACAACAAUGGUGGUAGUUGA